GACGCGUAAAAUAAGUAAUGGGAUUUCUUGUCCUCUGGGGGUAUUGUAUUAAGAUCAUCCAAUUACCAUUAUGUAAAGGUAUUCCGAUCGUCCAAAGAGUAAUAUAAUGCUCUCCCUGUAUUUUGCAAAUGGCUGCCUUUGAGAAAUCCAUCUGAAUAUGAUUCCCUUGUCGAGGAAAACUCUGCUGAAGCUAUAGGACCGCCUGAAUGAGCGAGGCGCCGUCAAUGAAACCGACCCUAAUGUUUCCUGCUUUUUCCGCCGCAGAGUAGAGACGUGUUGCACAUGGACUGGGACGAACUCAGGGACGUCCAGACCAACGGCAUCACCGUGCCGUUCAUCAAGUCGAUCCCGACCAUCAACAAAGCUGCCCUGGUCUUCGACGAGCAGCUGCAGGAGGCCUACGAGAUGAUGCAGCGCCUCGCCGUGGGCAUCGAACAGGUCACGCUCGACCAGGCUCUGUACCAGGGCUCGUUCCUGCAGCAGUUCCGCAUCAUAGAGAACCACAUCGUGACCAUCCUGUGCCAGCUGCACUACGCCAUGGUGCACCGCAACCUGUCGCCCAGCGUCUCCGUCACGAAGGAGAUCAUGGGCGAGGAGUACCGGGACCUGGAGGGCGAGUCGAGCAGGAAUAUGCGGGACGCCGUCAUCGUCAGGGAGUACGACGCGGGUCUCAUGCACCUGAAGGAGGUCUUCUCGGAAUUCCAUAAGGAAGCACCCUGAAGCCUCUCCUCUCACUUCUCGCGUACCUCUCCUCGUUCAUUUUUAAACGUAUUUUUUCUCGCUCUGUUUUCACUUCUCUCUCAUAAGUAACCUCAGCCAGCCAGCGGAUUUCGCUCCGAUGGUAACCAGAAGAGAAAAAAGAAAAUAACCAACGGGUUUCAUAAUUUUUCGGUUUCCCUUCGUCGGGAAGCUGGAGGAAUAGAAAUCUGCGAGAUACUUUGCCGUCACAAAAUUUUAGUUUAAGGAUUUGGUUUCUACAGGCUUCUUCUGUGUCGCCAACUUACAGUAUUGUUAAAACAAAGACAAAUUUUUAUGUCAGACGGUCUGAUCUGGUGUAAACAGAUCAGACCGGAAGGAAGGGCAGUCAGGCACAGCUGAAAUAAUAACUAAAUUCACAUGGAGAUCAGGAAUUUUGUUACUUAAUGUUGUGUAGACAUAAAUUACCAUAGCUGAUAUUACUCUUAUAAGGGAAAUGCAGUCAUUAGUGUACUUAUUUUAUGAAAACCAUUACAUAUUCAUGUGAAUUAGAAUAACCUGUGAUAUAAUUUAUUAUGUAACUUAUAGUAUUUAUUCGUUAUUUUAUUAUUAUUCUUUUUGAGCAGUUUGUUCCUAUGGUGUCAGUCAACCUUGCUCAAAUUAUUGCCAUUAAUAUUUGUUUUCUUUACUACUGUUUUGUUACAUUUUAUUUUCUUUGCGAAGCUGUUUUUAAUAGUGUUCUUGUAUGUGAACUUGUAAUAAUUUUCGAGUCGAGUAAUCGCGCGCGAGCGCGCAGCUCGCUUGAGAGACAUUCGAUUCUCACCCAAACAUCAGUCCAGGCGGGAGUGAAGUCUCCCCGCCGGGGAUGUCUCUCGCAUCUCAAACUAGAUUCUCAAAUAUAUCUUAAGAUUUAUCGGUAAUGCAAACUGGAAGACAGAUCUGAGGUGUGUGUAUAUAUAUAUGUAUAUAUAUUUAUAUACGUAUGUAACCAUGCAUGUAUAUGUGUGUAUAUGUAUAUG